CCAAUUUUGUUUUUGAACAAAAAAGGAAAACUUCUUUCUCAUCACUGAGAGGUGACUUCUUUCAUUUCGCCUGUUGAGCUGAGAGCUCGGAGUGUCUGGACUUCACUGGCUCUGCUGAACCGAUCAUGGAUGUCAAUAGGACUGCAAAUUAUUCAAUAACUUACUUGUUACCUGACAGCUUCUUUGAAGGUGUCAUCCUGUCUUUCUCCUUGUCAGUCGUGAUCGGGAUUGUAAUCGGGUCAUUCUUCUGGAUCGUCUUCACCUGCCUGGCACGCAGGAAGCAGGCCAGUGCUUCCAUCUCCCCGAGCACCAGCCUGCGCAACCGAUCCUCAUCCCACAACGUCAUGCUGACCAGGACCGGCUUCUACCGCAGCAACAGCUACGACAGGCACGGUGACAACAACCUGGCCUUGGCCAGUACACUGGCCUUACAACGGCAAGCCUCCCAAGAUCAAGCUGACACCUAUGGAAGGAAGUCCACUUUCCGAGCCUCCACUUUCCACCCUUUCGCUGAAACACCCUUGGCAGAUGGGCUGGACAGAAUGCAGUCCUCCUCCGGCUUGCUUGGCACCAACACCUCAUCUACGCUCAACUGCAGCCUGGGCUAUCAGGAGCAGCAUUGGUCAGAGGCCCAACACUACGACUGUCACUCAUCUCAAACCCCACCUCCUGCGUAUGAUUUUGUGGUGGAACCCAGCAAAGAGUCUCUACCCUGAUGCUCCAGUCUCAACAUUUGAGGCUUAAUGGAUUCUCAAUAUUUGUAAUUUAAUACGUCUACAUUGGUAAGAAUAGAUUGGUAGCUUUACAAACUGUGCAAAAGCACACAAUGCAACAUUGAGGUGUUUGAGUGCUGUAAGCAGAGUAUAUAGAGAGAAAUUGUUCCCAUUGCAUGAAGGGUCAAGAAUCAGAAGGGCACAGAUGAUUGGCAAAAGAAACAUUGACAAUACGAAGAAAGUUUUUUCUGAUGAAGUGAUCAGGGAUGUGCAGCAUGAAAGGAUUAUUGAGGCUUUCAGAAUCAAGACUUUCAAAAGGGGAGUUGAACACAGAAAAUAUUUACAGGGUUGGGGCAAAAGACAGGGAAGUGGGACCAUUUGAGUUACUCUUGUUGAAAACCAAUAUGGACUCAAUGGGCUGAAUGGCCUCCUUCUAACCUUUAACCAAUAUAUAAUUCUGUGCCAAAUAUUGUAAAAAUCAAGUGAUUCUAAUAUCUGCAAUUACAAGAAAGGCUUGCAUUUAUAGAACACCUGGCCCCAUCUCAUGUAUGAGCCAAAGUGUGCCACAUUAAAUGAGGAAUGUUUUCUGAAGUGUAGUUAAUGCUAUAAUGUUGAGAAACACAACAGCCAAUCUGCACACAGCAAGCUCCCACAAACAAUAAUAGAAUGAUGAUCAAAGAAUCUUGUUUAGUAAGCUGACUAAAGAGAAAAUAUUGAGCAGGCCAUUAUGGAGAGAUUUUCUGCUCUUCUUUCAAUUGUGUCAAGGGAUCCUUUAUGCGAGGUUCAAACUUUCAUCUGAAAGAUAUCUGUCCAACAGUGCAGCACUCCCUCAAUACCAAUGCUCUUUCUAAUUUCUAUUCCUUACACACAUUCUAUUGAUUGCAUUCUGAGAUGCAUUUCUGAGUUCUGUGAAGCUGUGAACCCGUGCAGCUUAGAAUAAACAUUGGACAAAAACAAAGUUGCUGGAAAAGCUCAGCAGGUCUGGCAGCAUCUGUGGAGGAGAAAACAGAGUUAACGUUUCGGGUCCGGUGACCCUUCCUCAGAACUGAUGGUGGUUGGGAAAACGGCAGUUUAUAUGCAGAAAAUAGGGAGGUGGUUGGGGUAGGGAGUAAACAAUAGGAUAGAGCCCAAAGAGAGAGAAAGACAGUUGGACAGACAAAGGAGUUGCUAACGAUCAGGCUGGGAGGGUGAAUAGUUGUUAAUGGGGACUGUUAGUGACUAACAACAGGGGGUGUGUUGUGGCAGGCUAUGUGGUAAUACACACCCUGUUGUUAGUCACUAACAGUCCCCAUUAACAACUAUUCACCCUCCCAGCCUGAUCGUUAGCAACUCCUUUGUUUGUCCAACUGUCUUUCUCUCUCUUUGGGCUCUAUCGUAUCGUUUACUCCCUCCCCCACCCACCUCCCUACUUUCUGCAUACAAACUGAUGUUUUCCCAGCCACAAUCAGUUCUGAGGAAGGGUCACCGGACCCGAAACGUUAACUCUGUUUUCUCCUCCACAGAUGCUGCCAGACCUGCUGAGCUUUUCCAGCAACUUUGUUUUUGUUCCUGAUUUACAGCAUCCGCAGUUCUUUUGGUUUUUAUUUAGAAUAGACAUUACCCAGUACUGCACAGAAUAUUGUACUAAAUACUGAGCAUUCAUGAAAAGAAAAAAUCGAAUGGCCCUGUAGAUGUUGUAAAGAUUAAAAAUCUGCAACCUGAGUCUAAAUCCAGCCCAAAUCCAUUGAAGGAAAGUCUCCCACUGCUGGUUGUUAGAUUCUGAGACUACAUUCCAUCUCAUUUCCGACGAGCGUGAGUUUGUAGCCUAAUACUGUCAUAUUGCUCUCUACAUGCAAAUAUGACUUAUGUAAAAAAAGAAAAUCAUUUCACCACUGUGGUGAAGAGCAUCGUUCUAAGCUUUAGAGUUAAGGCAUGUUGUUGGACAACCUACUCUGCAUCUAAUGCUGAAUGAAAUAGAGUCAUAGAGUUGUACAGCAUGGAAACAGACCCUUCAGUCCAACUCAUCCUUGUUGACCAGAUAUCCUAAAUUAAUCUAGUCCUAU